UGUAAACGCGAACAUCCAAUCCUCUGCAGGCUAUUUUUAACCAAAUAAUAAUUUUUUUACAUAAAGAUGAGUCGGAGCGUUAAGCUUCCUGCGCAUAGCUCUGAGUAAUUAGCUGUGUUUUUGGCCUCGUGAGUAGAAGAGAGUGAAGGGAAAGCAGGUAAAGUCGGUGGUUUAGUUGGCCCGGAACUGCGAGGGCAAGCGAAGGAGAUAUGCCGGGCACAGCAACGGGAUCAGGAACAGUGGUCGAACGUAUUGAGCCGCAGUCCUUAAAGAAAUUGAACCUCAAGUCUCUUAAGCGCUCAUUCGAUCUCUUUGCCGCUUUUCAUGGAGAACGUCCACCGCUCGAUGCCGCCAGUAAAAGAAUAAGGAUCGCUUGCAAGGCACGAGAUGAAUAUGAAGUAGUAAAGAACUUGCCAAACUCAACACAGAGAGAAGGUAGCAGUUUAGGAGCAGUGAAUAAUGCAGCCGAAAGUCAACCAUUAUCUGCGACUAUUGCAGGUCUCCAGAGUGAUGUACCAGGAGACCUGCCAAAAGAUGAAGGGAGGGAAUCCGCCAUUGUUGCCAUCCCUUCUCAGCUACAAACAAGAUUUGGCGAUGGAAAAUCCAUAGCAAUAGCUGGAGCAGGUGCUGCUAUCUCUGGUGUUGAAACUUCAGAGCGGUACCAGCCAAGUGCAGCCAUUAUGAAAAGGCUUCCUAGUAAAUGGCCACGUCCUGUAUGGCAUCCUCCAUGGAAGAACUUCAGGGUUAUCAGUGGGCAUUUGGGCUGGGUGAGGUCUAUUGCUUUUGAUCAUGCUAAUGAGUGGUUCUGUACUGGCUCAGCUGAUCGAACAAUAAAGAUUUGGGAAACAGCCACAGGAAAGCUCAAGAUUACAUUAACUGGACAUAUCGAGCAGAUAAGAGGUUUGGCUGUAAGUUCUCGACAUCCUUACAUGUUUUCUGCUGGUGAUGAUAAGCAAGUGAAAUGCUGGGACCUUGAGUAUAACAAGGUUAUCCGUUCUUAUCAUGGGCACCUGAGUGGUGUUUAUUGUCUAGCACUUCAUCCAACGUUGGAUAUUCUCUGUACUGGGGGUCGUGAUUCUGUGUGCAGAGUAUGGGAUAUACGCACUAAGGCCCAGAUAUAUGCACUUAGUGGUCAUGAAAAUACCGUGUGUUCAGUUUUCACACAAGGAACGGAUCCACAAGUGGUGACUGGCUCCCAUGAUACUACAAUCAAGUUAUGGGACCUUGCUGCAGGGAAAUCAAUGUCCACUCUUACAUAUCACAAGAAAUCUGUUCGAGCACUAGCAGUGCACCCUUUCGAGCACAAUUUUGCAUCAGCAUCUGCCGAUAAUAUCAAGAAAUUCAAACUCCCCAAGGGAGAAUUCCUGCACAAUAUGCUGUCACAUCCUAAGACAAUCAUAAAUGCAAUGGCUGUAAAUGAGGAUAAUGUGCUCGUCUCUGCAGGUGACAAUGGGAGCUUGUGGUUCUAUGAUUGGAAGAGCGGUCACAAUUUUCAGCAGGCAAAAACAAUUGUGCAGCCUGGGUCGCUGGAUAGCGAAGCUGGAAUAUACGCACUCUCAUAUGACAUAACUGGCUCUAGGCUUGUUACCUGUGAGGCUGACAAAACUAUCAAAAUGUGGAAAGAAGAUGAAACAGCCACUGCUGAAACUCAUCCAUUAAACUUUAAACCGCCUAAAGAGAUUAGGCGCUUUUAAUAGUCAUGAAUUAUUGUAGUUUGUUUUAAUUUUGUUGCAGCUAAAGUUUCAUAAAUGGAAAGUAUUCUCUUUAACUUGUUUCAUUAUGAAGUUAUUGAGAGGUCUUCGUCACCUGCAAGAUGUGCCAAGAGCUAAGUCUAGGUUGUAGUUGAAGUUUAGUAUAGUAUUUGCACUUUUUCGACACAAGUUUGUAUUAUGUACGGUUUUAUCAUCCACGGAAUAGGGCUUUCCUUGGCACAGGAAAGGUUUUCAGUUUUGCA